CUGAAGACUCUACAGAUAUGAAUCAUCCUGGAUAAAAGGAUAUGCUUGAAUUCAGCUGACAAUGACUAAAGCUCUAAAAUGGUGAAUGAUGGACCUGGCUCUAAAUCUCUUUGUCCUACAAAUGUUUGUUAUGGCAAGUGGUCAAUGGCCUCCACCACAGCCUGGAGUAAUCAUUCGGGACCCAUCAUGCAAAUACAUAGUUGGACAGCGAUCAUGUGCCGCUGUGGGAGGCUAUCUGAACCUCACAUGUAAAAUUCUGAAGGAUUACCAAGGAAACAAAACUGCAUCUGAUAUUUACUUUCAGUAUGAAUCGAAUCUCGAUGGGCGUAUAUCAUACCCACCUAAAUAUAUCACGGUGGUAGAUAACAGCACAGCAUUUUUGUCGGUCCCAAAUAUGCCAUAUUAUAACCUGUCCACACUCAAUACAUCCGGGUUAUGCACUCAUCACUGCUUCUUUAGAAACGACACGACUCGUUUGGCUUCUUCAUCGACAUUUAUAGGAUAUUUACCCGAUCAGCCACAUAGUAUCCAGUGCCGAAUGAGAAAUUGGAAUGGUUUGUUAGAGUUUUCCUGGCUACCUGAAAGAUUUCCCCCGACUCUGUAUACAAGCGUAAAGACUCUUAUUACAUUACGUGAGAAUACCAGUAUGGAAACAGCAUGCGAAGACCAAUGGCCGUAUCCGAAAAUAUCUGCCAGUUCUUGCUCCAUACGAGCCCCGAACAACGCAACAUAUGUUAAGUUUGAAGUAAACAUAGCAAAUCGUCUGAAAGUUGAGGGAAAUUCACAGACAUUCACAAGAAAUCCACAAACUUGCAUUGAGCCAGCGUCAGUAAAAACAACAUCUACAGCGGUCAAUAGUACCUGUAUUUCUGUCUAUUGGAACAGAACUGCACCCAGUGAAAAACAAGUUGUUUAUGUUGUCAAAUACAACUCACAAUGGAAAGAAAAUAAGACAGUACUACAAAACGAAGAAAGGGAAUUUAUAUACAUCACAGGGCUGAUACCAUUUACAAACUACACAAUAGAAGUGAUUGUCAGAGCCAUCUAUGAUAACAGUAUAGUGGGCUAUCCCAGCGACUCGUCUAUAAUCGUGGCAGAUACACAUGAUGACGUGCCAGGUGGCAUUCCUAAUGUAACAAGGGGAGCAUUUUAUGAACAUACAGAAGGAGAUCAGGCAUAUGUCACUAUAUAUUGGCAGGAAAUUACCCCAAAGUUACGGAAUGGUAUCGUAACUUAUACUCCAGUAAUGACCAGCUCAAAGACAGAGGGUCCGCUCAAUUCAAGUACCACCUCGGGGACUUUCCGAAAAACUGUAGAUGCCCGGUCAACAUUUGAAGUGAUUAGUGCCACUAGGAAGGGAAGAAAUUCUUCACUUCCGAAUCCUACAAUUGUUGUGAAUCAAACAAGUAAACGGGUACAGCAUACGCCAUGGAUGGUAAGACAAGACGAAGGGAAUGUUAUAUUUGAGUGGCCCAAUAACCCACAUGGACACACAGCAUACUGGUGCAUCAAGGCCACGGUUGACAGAUGUCAGGGUGAACUGCAAUGGCGUGUUUUAUCUAUCGGGACACGGAUUUACAAGCUUCCAAGGUUGUCCAAUCCCGAGCUGAAUCUGUUUGGCGUGUCUACAGAAGAUGCCCAAACAAGCAGUGGUAUCCGGUGGGCUGAAUGCUUGUAUAAAACAUAUCAAACUGCACCGGGAGUACCCCCACCUAGUUUCAGCUUCACAGAGAGUCAAGAGGCAGAGAGUUUACAUGUGAGGUGGCGCCACUAUACAUGCGAUCAGUAUGAUGGUAUCGUGCAGUAUUACACGAUCUACUACUGCAGGCAAGACGACUGCAAAGAGAUGGCAAACGUCACCGUGGAGAGAUAUGCAACACAACACAAGCUUGAAGGCCUACGGGGCGGGAUCUCAUAUAACCUCACUUUGGAGGCAGUCACAAACCGGGGAAAUAGUCCCUCCGCACCAACCAUCACUGCCACUGUCAUAGCAGUUCAGAGAUUGGGACCUGCAGUGAUUGUUGCGAUAUGUAUUGCUGGCGUUCUCCUGCUUGCGCUUAUAUGUCUGGGAAUUUACCAAAUAAUUACAUUAGUGAUAAGGCAGGAAAAGAAGACCAGACCGCUUAUCAAUGUUCCUGAAGUGACAAUCCCUGAGGGAAAUCAUAUUACAGCCGAUGACGACAGAGGGUACCCGCCACCACGUGAUCACUAUCAGAUCAUACCAGAAAUUAAAGAGGAAUCACCAAGAAUCCUCCAUUGUGACAUUGAUGUGCGAACACAAACAACAAAUAUGUCAAAUGGAAAUGUGGCGCAGAACCUAGGAUAUGUGGAUCAUGAUGCGGAGGCUGUCCAGACACUUGGCAAUGUGGAUCAUAAUAAAAACUGUAUAACAAAUCAAAAUGGUGAAAUUCCCAUGUUAGCGAUUGGAAAGGAUCCAAAGAAUCUGGCUAACAUUCCUGGACACCUGGAUGAGAAUGGUUAUGUUAUCCAGGGUUCAGAUAGCCAUGAUCAGCCAAAGACUCAUCAACCUGAGAGCACAGUAACAGUAUCCCAAGAUUCAACAACCAGUACACAACCACCUUGUGAUCGUUCUGCAUCAUCCAACGCUGAGGCAAAGCUUGUAUCAGCAGCCCGAUCGGCAGCUACAGAUUCGACAGUACCAGACUAUGUCCGCGCUGCAAGUGGAGUAACAUCUGGAAAUUCUGAUAAAUCAAUGACGAUUGAAAAUAGUGAGCAUUCUAUAAACCCCGAAGCAGGCACUGUUGAAAUGCCAUUACCCAAAGACAAAAAGAUGCUAGAAAUGCUUUAAAAAUAAAUCCAGACACGGGAUGUGUUGAAAAUGACACUGUUAAAAGUGAUAACGAUCAUACUAUUCAGCCAUCUGAUUCCCAUAACUCUGAAUAUACACAUUCAACAACAAACAUACAGGAACAACCAAAGAAAGGAAAAACAAUCAUGAAUCAAAACACAAACUGCGUUGAUCAUAGUGCAAAAACAAUUCAGGACCAAGGUUACAUUGAUCAUAAUGCAGCUGUGAUUAAGAACGUUGCGCAGAAGGAAGAUGGGGCUCAGAACCCGGACUAUAUUGAUCAUAAUGCAGCUAUGGCUCAGAACCCGGACUAUAUUGAUCAUAAUGCAGCUAUGGCUCAGAACCCUGGCUACGUAGAUCAUAAUGCUGCUGUUGCUCAGAACCCUGGCUACGUAGAUCAUAAUGCAGCUGUUGCUCAGAACCCUGGCUACGUAGAUCAUAAUGCAGCUGUUGCUCAGAACCAGGGCUAUGUAGAUCAUAAUGCUGCUGUUGCUCAAAACCCUGGCUAUGUAGAUCAUAAUGCAGCUGUUGCUCAGAACCAGGGCUAUGUAGAUCAUAAUGCUGCUGUUGCUCAAAACCCUGGCUACGUAGAUCAUAAUGCAACUGUUGCUCAGAACCCUGGCAAUGUAGAUCAUAAUGCAGCUGUGGUUCAGAACCAAAACUAUAUUGAUCAUAAUGCAGCUGUUGCUCAGAACCCUGGCUAUGUAGAUCAUAAUGCACCUGUUGCUCAAAACCCUGGCUACGUAGAUCAUAAUGCAGCUGUUGCUCAGAACCCGGGCUAUGUAGAUCAUAAUGCAGCUGUAGUUCAGAACCCAAACCAUAUUGAUCAUAAUGCAUAUCUUGCUCAGAACCCUGGUUAUGUAGAUCAUAAUGCUGCUGUUGUUCAGAGCCCGGGCUAUGUAGAUCAUAAUGUUACAGUGGUUCAGAACCCAAACCAUAUUGAUAAUAAUGUAACUGAGGCUCAGGACUUUGCUCAGAAUUUAGCUGUAGCUCAUAACCCCGGCUAUGUAGAUCAUAAUGCAGAUGUGGUUCAGAACCGUAGCUAUAUAGAUAAUAAUGCAGCUGUUGCUCAGAGCCCGGGCUAUGUAGAUUAUAAUGCAGCUGUUGCUCAGAACCGUAGCUAUAUAGAUAAUAAUGCAUCUGUGGUUCAGAACCCAAACUAUAUUUAUCAUAAUGCUGCUGUUGUUCAGAACCCAAACUAUUUUGAUCAUCAUGCAGCUGUUACACAGAACCCUAGCUUUAUAAAUCGUAAUGCUGUCGUGGGUCAGAACACGGCCUAUGUAGAUCAUAAUGCAGCUGUAAUUCAAAACAUGGGCUAUGUAGAUCACAGUUCAGAUGUAGCCAUAACGGAGCUGUAA